GACCACCGUGAUCAGCGGCCCAUGGCGUAUCAGGGCAAGAUCUUGAAUCCUCCGGGUGGAAGCUUGAAGGAAGAGAGUGCUCUUGAAUCCCACUGGCUCUGGAAGGACUCUUUCCUGGUCCGAAACCGCCGGACCAAGAUGGAGGCCAAGCAGGAUGGCACCAAUCUUGGAACGACGACCGGCUUGGUGGUCGUGGAUACGACUCCAUACGUCGGCAACUUCUUGGAAGGGUUCAUCAGUGCCUCCCAAAGCCUCAAUGUGCCGGCUCACUACUUGCCAAUCUUCGCGGACAGCGAUCACCAAGAAUGGUUCACAAGCUUCUGGUUGUCCGAGUUGGCAAAGCAGUUCCAACAGGGGGAGCUGAAGGUGCCGAACAUGGAGAGGUUGGAAGAGGAGCCGCCGGCUGCACACAUGGAACAGAAGCCCGAGCCACCGCCAUUGAAGAGAUGUGUCUAUGGAAAGGCCGGCGGUGAGAUCGUCACCAUUGAGCUGCCCGAUGCGAUGAUCAAGCAUUGGUGGGACCUGAAGCCAGAAUUCAAGCAGUUCGUCGAGGACUUCCGAGGAAGGAACCCCCUGGCCAAGGACUUCGUUGUGAAGAAGGGUGCAGGCCCGGGCUCAAAAGACGGCGGCACGGCUCCUUCGGCAAGGAAUCCAAAAAAGAGGGCCGCUGAAAAGGACCUCACUGGAUGCAUUGUUGAGGUCAAGGAUGCCCCUGGAACGAGAAUCCUGGAGGUUCCACUCGUGAAUGCCCGCAUGGCUAGCAGAUCCGACUCAAUGCCGGCACUCGUGAUCAGUGACGAGGGCCCAAUGAUCCUGAACGAGACCUCUGUGGCGGCUACGGUUGCAUCCGGUGCCAUCCUGUGCGGAUGGGGCAAAGGCAAAUUCCGUGAAGGAGGCAAGGAUAAGGCCGCUUUGAACGAAGACAAGGACAUCUUGUUUGCACCCUCAGCGGCCAUGAUUGGCGUCGUGGACAACGUUGCCAAAACCGUUGAAGACAUGCUGGAUGAUGCAAGGAAGACAAAGGGCCUCGACCACUGCAAAGUGUGUUACCACCGGGUUACCUUGAAUCCAGAAGGCAAGUGGGAGCUGGAGAAGGUCAACGAUGUGAUCUUCGGAAUCUCGGACGAAGAGGCAGGGCUGAAGUGGAGCCAGAGCCAAGCUGCAAAGAAGAUUUCUCCGAAGAAGUGGGAGACGGAAGUCUCUGCUGUAGGAUGGCAGCUGAAGUGGUCCAUUAAUGGAUUGCAGCCGGUGCGUCCCAUUGUCAUUGCAAAGCAAGAUUUGACGGUGGAAGCAGGCAAAGCCUUGGUGUUGCAGUAG